CUAAACCGCACGCCUCCUCACUAAACCGAGGAAGAAAAAAAAAGUCUCGUGAUCAGUUUUACAAUUUUUUUCCCAAAUCACUCAAAAACCCUAACUUUCCCUCCUUCACCCAAUCUCGCCAUUCUUGAUCUAUAUCGAUCUCAGUCGUCUGCAAUCAAUCUCAGUAAAGGACAGCAGGAGCGUGAUAAUGGGCACAUCUGCUCAAGGGUUCGAUCUAAUGGAGAGUGGCAGGGACAUUGAAGAAGAAACUUCAAAUGAUAUUGAGCUUGAAACAGUUGAAGAAUGUGAUGACACUGGUGAAAACAUGAAGACGAUUGUUAUUUGUGAUGAAGAUUUAGUUAAAUCUGAUUCGUCAGAGCCGUAUGUUGGGAUGGUGUUCAAAUCUGCAGAUGAUGGUAGGGAAUAUUAUUCUGAGUAUGGCAGGCUAAAUGGUUUCACUAUACGUGUUAAUCGCAAAAGAAGAUCGCGUAUUGAUCGUGCAGUUAUUGGUUUUGAUUAUGUAUGUUCAAAGGAAGGAUUUCGGCGAAAGAAAUCAUCUAAGGAAGAAAAAGUUGCUCGGCUAUCCAGGCAAACUAGAGUGGGAUGCAAGGCAAUCUUAGUGAUAGCUUACAAGAGAGACCUUGAAAAAUGGGUUGUUACCAAUUUCGUUAGAGAGCAUAAUCACGAGCUUAUGGUUCCUAGUGAGGUUCCAGUCCGGCAGAUAGAUAAGGGUCCACUCAACGAGGAUGAGAAGGAUAAACGAAUUAGGGAAUUGACGACAAAGCUUUACAAUGAGAAGCAACGGUUCCAACGACAGUGUGCAGCAUAUGAAGAGCGCUGCGAUGCGUAUAAAGCUCAGUUAAGUAAAAUCAUGAAAGACAUUGAUAUGCACACCGAUCACCUUACCAUGACUGUUCAAACUGUUGUUCAGAGUAUUAAAGAGAUAGAAGAUGAAGAAUCAAAUCAUUGGGAGACCCAAGCAAUUCAAAGUGAAACAAACCGGUAGCAUUUUAAUGGGAGGUGAUUAUGUUAUCCAAAUUUGCCUACAAUGCUCAUGCAAAAGAAGUUUCCUGUAAUUGACUGUUGAAAGCAAGUGCUGCUAAUUGAAGUGCUCCGUCAAAUGGCUGGCAGGUUACUAACUAAUCCCGCAGUUAGCUCGUGGACAACCCAAAUUAAUCCCUUGUUUGGCAUAUGCUGAAACAGCAUGUGUUAUUUGUAUCAGCAAUAGAGCUGUUCAGCAGGGAUAGUCUGUCCAGGGUUAACUGCAAUGCAGUAUCUGUACAAUGAGGGUUUACCCCAUUUUCUGACCAGGAUUAUCCUGGCUCUUAUCCACUCAAUUGUGUACCUUGUAUUUGGAUUUCUGGUUUACUGAUGCCAAUGAAAUUUCAGCUAGUAUCGUUUG